AUGAUUCCAUCACUCACUAUCCUUCGUACCGUGAUAUUAUCCGAUAUUUGCAACAUGAAGUUGAACUUCACCACUAUGGCUCCAAACUGCAGAGUGAAGGGCAGAGGUAGGUUCAUGCAAGAUUCAUCACAACUCGGUGCAGUCUUAUACUCAAGUGACACUUCGCUUGAUGCGCCUACACCUGGUAUCAAGCAGGAUAGUUAA